AUGAAUUUUGGAUUUUCCUCACGAACCCAAACAAGAAUACCUGAUAUUGCAAAAAUAAGUCACUCGUUUGCAUAUAGGAAAUCUCCUAGAAGAGUAAACAAUUCUGCUCCAAUUCCAAUUUUAAAUCCUAAAGAAAUGACUCAAAAGCAAUACGUUGAAUCAUUAGAAGCUAGUCUUACAUCGCAAUUAGCUGAAUGCAAUAGUAAUCAUAAGCGUUAUCAAGUUUUUCAAAAUGUAUUUCAAUCAAUUGUUGACAGAUACGGAUCCAAUCCAGGUGUAUUAGCAGUUAAACGUGGAUAUGACAAAGUUAUAUCUAAUUUACAACAUUAUAUUCAAGAAAGAAAUCAUAAAAACCUCACUCGCUCUACAUCACAAGAACAAUUUAAUACAGAGAUUUCAAGGCAGCGUGAGAAGCUUGCAGAAAAGCGAAAAAAGAAUGCUGAUCUUGAUAAGAAACUUGAUUUUGUUUUAAGUGAAAUCAAACGCGAAAUUGAAGAUAAAACAGAUGAAAUUGUUUCAGUUCAGCAAAAGGCAAUGAAGGCUAACAACGAUGUCCGUGAUAAAACAAUCAACAUUUCAGAUUUAAAACAUUUUGAAGAUCUGAAAGCAUCAGAAUACGAAAAGGCUCUUAAAACUAAAAAUAAUUUUGAAGAACAAAUAUCACAGAUGAAAGACAAUCAUGAGAAUUUGAAAAAUCAACUUUCAGAGUUGAUGAAUAUAGUUUUUGAAGAAUCAAAAACAGAAAGAGAUACAAAAUCACAACUCGAUGAAUCUCGAUCUAACUUGAAUAAUGACAUAAAAGAACUCGAAGAUAUCAAACAUCAACUAACAGAAAUGCAGGAAAAUUACACAAAAGAUUCUGCAAUUUUACAACAAAAGAACGAAGAAUUUGAUAAAAAUUGUGCACGACUCAAUGAGUUGAAGAAAGCCUUAACUAAGAUACAGUCAAUGUUUGAAUAA